ACACACGUUUAUCUCACGGCGCAUGCGCAGAACAGCGCGGCGGUGACCUCCGUUUAUUUUUAAUCGAAACAAGGCGAAGUACGGACACAAGUGGCGCACGUUAUCAUACAGAUCGUUUGGAUACAGAUAAAGUGCGUUUAUCAUCAUCAUCAUCAUCAUCAUCAUCAUCAUCACUAUCACUACUGCAGGGUUUAACCAGGAGGUCAGACACGCGCUCAGCAGAUCUACUCUGAGUUAACCCUUAAGCAGAAGCUCCAUCAUGGAGUAUUACCAGAUCCUGGGCGUACACAAAGACGUGUCUCCGGAGGACAUAAAGAAAGCGUACAGAAAAUUGGCCUUAAAAUGGCAUCCAGAUAAAAACCCAGAUAACAAAGAAGAGGCCGAGAGGAGAUUUAAGGAGAUCUCCGAAGCUUAUGAAGUUCUGUCAGAUGAAAACAAGCGUAGUUUAUAUGACCGAUACGGCAAAGACGCCCUGUCUGGAGGUGGAGUAAGAGGAAAUUCAGGACAUUAUGACAACCAUUUCGGUGGUGUGUUCACAUUCCGUAACCCCGAAGACGUUUUCAGGGAAUUCUUCGGAGGCAGAGAUCCAUUCGCAGAUUUCUUCAGAGACGACCCCUUCGACGAUUUCUUCGGGUUUGGCGGCAGCCAGAGGCAGAGAGGAAUGAGGAGUCGAACUGGUGGCUCCUUCUUCCCUGGGUUUGGGGGCUUCCCUCCGUUCGGAGGCGGCUUCCCAGGCUUUGACUCAGGUUUCGCAGCCAUCGGGCCGAUGGGUGGAGGAGGCUUUUCCGCCUUCUCCUCAUCAUCGUACGGUGGCGGAGGCGGCGGAGGUGGUGGAGGCAUGGGAAACUUCCGCUCGGUAUCCACUUCCACCAAGUUCGUCAACGGCAGAAGGAUCACCACUAAACGCAUUGUGGAGAACGGUCAGGAGCGAGUGGAGGUCGAGGAAGACGGACAACUGAAGUCUCUCACGGUUAAUGAUAUCAGUGCUCCGAAUGCCCUGCCUGGCCCUGGCUCUCACCCCCGUUACCUUAGAAACAACACGGAUGAGGAUGACAGGGAACGAGGAAGCACCAGAGGUUUUUUUGAAACCAGAAGAAAGAAACACUGGCGCACAGAUACGGAUAACAAAAAGAAGUUAAAUCCGCGUCUGGUGCCGAGGAUCGGCUCCUGGUUCUGAUCUUUCACUCCGGCACUUUUUGGAUUUUUAAGUGCGAGAAAUUAAAAGCACAUAAGUGUAGAUUGUGUAUUAUAGUAUAUCAUAGGUCUCCCUCCUGUACCUGGCUAAUGUCACUACUUCAGAAUGAAUUUUUUAAAGAGUUUAGUCGAAGAUAUUUUAUAAUUAUUGAAAAUAAAUGUAGAAAAAUUGAUUGCAGACAUUUUUAAGUGAAGCGACAAUCGGAAAAUAAGCCCCUUUAGAAUCAUGACAAAUGAAGACAUUUUUAUGCAACAUGUUAUGUAACAUAUUAUUAUUAUUAUUAUUAUUAUUAUUAUUAUUAUUAUUAUUAUUAUUAUUUAAAAUUAACAAUAGUGUAACAAUAAUGUUGGAUUGAAUACAACAAAUACACUUUUAGGUUGAAGCUAAAGAUUUAACUGAAAAAAAAGAGGUGGGGGGGAUGGAAUUCUUUGUUUUGUUUAUUUUUUUUUUUUACUUUAAAGUUGCAGAAGAAAAAAAAAUCAAAAUCAGCUCCUCCAAAUCAGUGUGUUAUAAAUUAACAGUAGAAUACAUUUUUUUGAAAUAAAUAUACCAAGAAACACAGUUAUACAUGAUACAACAACCUCAAAUGUGAUUAUUUACAUAACCGCACUGAAUAUGUGAUUAGUCAUAAUUAAAAGUGUAGUCAAUGCAAAUAAAUAAAUAAAUAAAUAAAUAAAUAACAAAAAAUAAAU